AAUGCGAUUUUUGUGCGAGUUAGACCUUUUUCAUUUGCAACUGUUUUAUUUUGCGAGUUUAUGCGAUUUUCGUGCGAUUAUUGUGCGAUUUGACUAUGCUGAAUAGGACUCUGCUAUUUUCUGCGAUGUUAUGCGACUUUUUUGCGAUUUUUGUGCGAGUUUAAUAUGCUUUUUGUGUUUUAAACAAACCUGAUCUUUUCUGCGAUUUUAUGCGACGUGUGUGCGAUUUUUGUGCGAUAAUUAAUAUAUAUUUUUUUCCAGAUGGUUGUUCUUCAAAUUCUGUAUCCUAAGAAUUGGGAGGUGGACUAUUGGAAGAGCAAUUGUGAGGGUGAGGUCCCCACGGUGGAAAUGGGGUUGGAUGAGGUCGAAGAAACGCAAGUCGGGGCGCAAGAUUCGACCGCAUUCCAGACCCAAGCCGAACGGGUGGCGGAUUAUGUGAAAAAGUCCAAAAUUAUUCCACCAUCCCCACCCAAAGAAGCACCAGACGCCUCCACAUCUGCCACCGUGCCCCCAACGCCUGCCACUGUGCCCCCAAGCUCUGCUCCAGCCAAUGACUCCAACUACCUCUUGUUGGCUAAGAGGUUGGAGAAGGUAGAAGCGCAACAAGUUGCGAUUCUGACUGCGCAGACUGAGAUGAAGGCUGACUUCAAGAGAAGUCAGAAAGAGAUGAAGAAUCUUAUCAUGGAUCAAAUUGCGACCGUGAUAAGUUUGUUACAGAAGCAGCCUUCGGAGCCGACACAACCAUCAGGGCCGGCACAACAAUCAGACCCCACACAUCCAUCAGACACGGCAGAGCCAUUACAGACGGUACAUCCAUCACCGCCCACAUAUGAUGAUGAUGAUGAUGUCUACCCAGAAGAUUGGCAACCUGACGCAUGUGACGUUCCUUCUACUCCUGCAAACGCCAUUGUCAUUUCGCUGGGUGAUACUGAAUCUCAGGAUGUGGAAGAGUUGCAGGGGCCACCAGAUGGAGUGGAGUUCUGUAGGCUUAGGCGAAAGCGCAAGCCGGUUUUCUUGAAUGACUACACUGCUGGGAAGAAGAAACAACGACAUGGGCCCGUGGUAGUAGACACCCUGAAACCGGCGGACGCCCGGCUGUUAAAAUUUUUCCAGAAGUGGAUCACUUAUGCUAGGGACAAUGGCCGUCCUAGGGAUGUUCACACUGGCGAAGCCACUAGAUCGUGGUUCGUGAAGUUGAUGGUGCUGAACGAAUGGCUCGAAGAUGAUCAAAUUGAUGCCAUGGCGCACUUAUUGAGAAGAAGACGGACCCUGUACCCAGAAGUCUACACCCGAAAAGGUGUAGUUUUGGACACAUCUGCUCCACAGUUCUUUUCCAUGUUUUGGAAUAUGUGUGAGGGUGACAGGAGCAAGAUGAAAUGGGAUGAGAGCGUCAUGAGUUACGUGCAGGGGAUACCGCACAGAUACUUGCCAUGUUGGGAGAAGCAGGAGUACAUAUACUUUGUGUUGCACCUUCCCAAAGAGCGCCACUGGGUGGCAGUGUUGCUAAAUUUAUAA